UUUUCACACGUGGAGCUCAAUUGAACGUAAAAAUGCUAAGGUAUUCUUACGUCAUAUUAUUUUUGUGCAUUUAUGCCGUGGUCGCUGGAAAACAUGAUGUCUAUAAGGGAUAUUCCGUGCACGGCAUAAAACUAACCAAUGCGACGCAUAAGGAGUUCAUACAUAGUCUGGAGUUGGAGUUGGACCUGGAUGUUUGGCAGCAUGGAACCCCGAAGCUGCGUGAUGCCAUGGUAAUGGUGUCACGAGAGAACACAGUCUCACUGAUGGAGAAGUUGGACACCAUGGGACUCGACCAUUAUGUUCAUCUGCGAGAUGUCGCACAAGCAUUCGAAGAGCACGAUCUGGAAAUAUCCGCGUGGAAACGAGGCAGGAGCAACGUUCUACCGUUCGAAGAUUAUCCCAGAUAUGCCGAGGUCGAUGCCUAUUUGGAGAAAGUAGCUCAAGAGCAUCCGGAUAUAGUGACGCUGGUGAACGCGGGGCCAUCGUUCGAGGGCAGAGCCAUUAAGUAUGUGAAGAUUUCGACCAGCAAUUUUGCGGACACCAGCAAGCCUAUAUAUUUCUUGACAGCGACGGUUCACGCUCGAGAAUGGGUUGUUACUCCAGCAGCUCUUUACAUGAUCCAGCGCCUCGUGGACAGACGACCAGAAGACCAGGAUCUACUGGACAGUAUGGACUGGAUCAUACUGCCAAUGAUCAACCCGGAUGGAUAUGAAUAUUCUCAUACCACUAUGCGCCUUUGGCGUAGAACCCGAUCUUUCCGACCCGAAAUCAGUUCAUCAUGCUACGGCGCAGACGGGAACCGCAACUACGACGCUGCGUUCGCCUCCGUAGGUGUGUCCUCCAACCCUUGCUCCGACAUCUACCCUGGACCCAGCGCCUUCUCCGAAGUGGAAACGUCCUACGUCCGAGAUAUCAUGCAGGCUAACCUCCAGAGGAUUCAGAUCUUCAUGGACAUCCACAGCUACGGGAACUACAUUACCUACGGGUUCGGAGACGCGAGGCUGUCUCCCAAUGUGGCCCAGCAGCACCAUGUAGCGGCUAUCAUGGGAGCGGCCAUAGACCCGUACAAGCUCCCCCAGGCACCGUACUACGUUGUUGGCAACAGCAAUCUGUUGAUGUACGAAACGUCUGGAUGCGCACAGGAUUACGCACAGACGAUCGGGAUACCUCUGUCGUACACGCUGGAGCUACCUGAAUACGGCUUCGAUUUCCGAGUCCCACCCAGCUAUAUAGGACAAAUAAACUCGGAAACUUGGCACGGCGUCGCGGCAUCUGCGAGAGCGGCCGUCUUGUAUUACAGAGCAAGGAAUUAAAUGUGUCACGUGUUAUUUUGUAUUAUUCCAGUAUGAUAUAUGAGUAAAAGUUGUGAAG